AUGGCUAAUGAAAACCCCAAUAUAUAUUCUGAAAUAUUAUGGACAGAUGAGGCUACGUUUACCAGAAAUGGCGGUGUUAACUUGCACAAUAUGCAUUACUGGUCGGAGACGAAUCCACAUUGGAUACAGCAGGUCCAGCGCCAAGGUCGCUGGUCGGUGAAUGUAUGGUGCGGUGUUUUGGGGGGAAAAAUUAUUGGACCAUUUAUAUUUCAAAGAGUAAAUGGGGCAGUCUAUUUAAACUUUUUAAGUAAUGAGUUACCACCUCCUUUAGAGGAGGUUCCAUUAGCCAUUCGCCGUGACAGGUUUUAUCAACAUGAUGGGUGUCCUUCGCACUUUGCAAGAGAUGUAAGACAAUUUUUAGAUCUCACAUAUCCUGCUAGAUGGAUUGGACGAGGAAGCGUAUUUCCAUGGCCUCCUAGAUCACCAGACCUCACUGUGCUAGAUUUUUAUCUGUGGGGAAGAAUAAAACAUCUGGUAUUCGCAACUAGGCCUACCACGUCCGAAAAUAUGGUUGAACGGAUAAGAGAAGCAAUCGAAAGUAUUUCUGUAGCAGACAUUGAGACUGCUGUUCUCUUAACCAGGCAGAGAUUAUUAGAUUGUAUCCAAAAUGACGGACAGCAUUUUGAACAUCUAGGUCGCCAUUAA